GGUUCCAUUACUAGAAGUACAGUAAUGCUUCUUGUCAACACAAUAUUCUUCAACGGGACGUGGGCGAAACCUUUCAACCACAACAUGACCAGAAAUCAAACGUUCAAUCAGCUUGGAGGUGCUAGCUCACAGGUGGACAUGAUGAACAUUGACCAGACCUUCAUGUACAAGCGGGAUGAUAGCCUUCGGGUUGACGUCAUCGUUCUGCCCUUCAAAGGGAACCGUUUCGGUCUGUACAUCGCUCUGCCUCAUGACGUAGAUGGAGUCAAUGCUCUUGAGAGCUCUCUGUCUGCCAACGUGGACUCACUGUUCCAAGGUCUCAAAAUGACGAAUCUCAAUGUGGACAUUCCCAAGUUCAAGGUCGAGUCAACUUUAUCUCUGAAUGGACCUCUCUCGACCAUGGGGAUUCACAGCGCUUUCAACCCAAACACGGCCGAUUUUAGCGAUUUGAGCAAAACCGGUAUAGAAAUCAUUGACAGAAAAAUUUCAUUUUCACAGAACAUGUUCAAAAGGAAGUACAAUAACCAAAUUUGA